CUAAACUCUUGUCUGCGCGUACGCGUACGCAGAUCAAAUGAGAAUAGCCAACACUAAAACUGGGUCAGGGGAUUUUGUUGCUUAACUUUUACUUUCAGUACAUUCAAAUCAAGUCUCGAUCAGCUGAUUGAUGUGAGGAGAGACCAUCAUGAGUGUUCCAAACAAACUCUUGACCCUUGUAAUGAUUCAUCAGAACACCCGUCUCCUGCUUGGGAUGAAGAAACGAGGGUUUGGUGUUGGAAGAUGGAAUGGCUUUGGUGGAAAGGUUCAACAAGGAGAGAGCAUUCUUGAUGCAGCAAAGAGAGAAUUGCUUGAAGAAAGUUGUGUCUCAGCCCCAGACCUCAAGCACAUCGCAAGGAUAGAUUUUGAGUUUGUUGGGGAACCACAGAUCUUGGAGGUACAUGUGUUCAAGGCUUCAGAGUUUCAAGGAGAACCAACUGAAACUGAGGAGAUGAAGCCACAGUGGUUUGACGUAGACUCCAUUCCAUUCCACACCAUGUGGCCUGAUGAUAUCCUAUGGUUCCCGUUGAUGCUGAAGGGGUCAAAGUUCAAAGGUUACUUCCUCUUUGAGGGCAUGGACAAGAUCUUGGAUUACACAAUAGACGAGUUGGACCAGAAAGCAGAAAUUCAAAGCUCAUGACACUAAAUCUCUCAUCAAAGAUGGG